AUGGCGCCGGCUGCCCGAGAGCCGUGGAGUAAACAAGCCCUUAUUUGGCAAGUGAGGCUGCACCCUGAGAGCCUGAGUGUUGUGUGUUUUGUUCCUGCGGGUCGGGAAAAGCGUGCGACAUCUGGUGGCCUGUACGGGGAAAAUCGCAGUAGAGCGACCCAUGCAGAAGAGGUUCCAGAACUCUCAGCGGACAGGGCAACCGAGAGGAACAGGGAACCGAGGAAGAAGAAGAAGGUGGAAGUAGCCGCGCCUCAGCAGCCGAAGCCUUCCGCUCCACCAUCUUGGCAGACGCCACCCUUGCCGCCUCCGCCCUAUGUGGAUACCUCUCCAUUAUCUUGUCAGCCAAACCUCCAAUCCAUGUGUCUGGACAUUUGGAAGGAGCCCCGCAUAGCUUUCCCUGUAUUUCAGGAUGCCAAUAAUCAGAGAUAUCAUGAGCCACUGGAUUUUAAGCAAUUAAAGAGCCUUGCUGAGUCUGUAAAGACUUAUGGUAUUAAUGCCUCCUUUACACAGGCUCAACUAGAACGUUUGGCCGCCCAUGCUAUGACUCCAGCUGAUUGGAUGAGUACAGUGAAGGCUUGCCUUACAGUGGGUCAGUACUUAGAUUGGAAGGUUUUCUAUCAAGAGUUUGCCCAGCAGCAGGCAGUGCAAAACCAAAGACAGGGGAAUCAGGCCUGGGACUUAGACAUGCUUAUGGGACAAGGAAGAUUUGCCACUAAUCAGGUUGGAUAUUCUCUGCAAGUUUAUGAGCAGAUUAACAACAUGGCAGUCAGAGCUUGGAAAUCAUUACCUAAUAGAGGGGAGGUGAGAAGGCAACAAAUGCUGUCGCCCAUUGCCUGGAAGCAUGGGCUGCUUGGGGAAAACCACAAGAAUUAAAGACUGAUAACGGUCCAGGCUACACUGCUGCAUCUUUUCAGUCUUUCUGCAAACAGAUGCAAGUGACCUUGAAACACGGUUUGCCUUAUAACCCACAAGGUCAAGGGAUAGUCGAAAGAGCACAUCGUAUGCUCAAGGAAUGUCUUCUAAAACAAAAAGGGGGAAUUGGACUUAGUCGUACCCCCAAAGAACACAUUUCCCUUGCCUUAUUCACUUUAAAUUUUUUGCAAUUGGAUGCCAAUGGCCACUCAGCGGUGGAGAGACACACAAAUUGGCAGCAAACCUUCAGAUGUCAGGUAAAAUGGAAGGAUAUACUAACAGGAAGAUGGAAUGUCCCAGAUCCUGUAUUGGCCUGGGCAAGAGGGUCUGUUUGUGUCUUUCCACAGAAUCAGCAUGAUCCAGUUUGGGUCCCAGAAAGGCUGGUACGAAAAUGCAACAUGGAUGAUCCUCCUGCUUCUUCCCCUGAUGAAGAAUCCUGUGGCAACGGAACAUCGGUGGGGGAUUCUGUCAGCGUUUCCAAAACCAAUGCCAGUACGCCAUGAUGCCCAAGUUUUUCCUCGGUUUUUUAGUAGUAAUCGUAGUCUUGAGUCACCCUUUUUGCCCUUAGAUAAAGAAAUUGCUAGUGUUAAUAGUGAGUUUAAAAUUCAGCUUUUAGGUAGCCUUUGUUUUGUUAAGAUAGCUAAUAUUAGUGAGAAUUUUGAUUGAAUUCUUUUGUAUAAUCAGACUGCCACUUGGUUUGAUGUACACGAGGGACCUGUGACUGGUGUCCUCGUGAUGAAAGGAGCAUGGCUGGAUGGUUGGUGGCCUGCCCAUGAUGGAGAGGAUCUGUUUGGGAAAUCUUGGGAUGACCCUAAAAAUUCUUCCAAGCCCCCCAGACAGCCUCGGUGGGCCCCCUUUUGUUUUGGCUAUACAGGAACAGAAACAUUGUUUCCCUGGACAGGUUGUCAGGAUAGGGGGGUACAGUGGGCCAAAAAGGAUUAUUUUACCUUUUCCCCAGAGAUAGGGACAAAAUUUAAUGUUACUUUUGCUGGUAGGAAUUUUACCUGGCAGGAUCCUAGCCUGGAAACACCUGCUAAUCCUUUUAAUGUUUGGCUGUUGCCCUUGUGGGGAUCUCGGUGUGUUGCCUCUUUUGUCUCUGCCGUAUGGUCUAAGCCCAAAAACGAGAUCUGGCUCUAGUGGUGCAAGCUUUCUAUGCCAUUGAGGCUGGACCCUGCCCCCAAGCACGGCUUGCAGGCCUCCAUGACUAGUCGCAUGUUGGGCAAGGCACUGCACUGCACUGAGCUUGCUGACUUGCUUGUGUGCAGGGAAGUAUACUUGUGUGCAUAUGGGUUUGCAUCCCUAGACCCCGUCCUGGCAGAAAAGGAUGCGGGAUGGGUCUGCCAUCGCCCUACGAGAGGAUCCCUGGGAGAGGGUAGUACAAUCUUCCCACGUUUCUCUCACCGGGCUCAAGUCAAUGCUUCCUGUGAUUUAUGUAAAACAAAAAAGGGGAACUGUUGGGUGCUCAAGACCUUGCCCUAAGAUGGCGCCAGCUGCCCGAGAGCCGUGGAGUAAACAAGCCCUUAUUUGGCAAGUGAGGCUGCACCCUGAGUAAGGAAAUCUGGCAUGAUCUGACUCGGGCCUAUGGAGAGAUGAGACGUGGCAUGCACUGAUUGGUCUCUACAGGGUUAUAAGCCAUGGUCCGGAAGGGAACAGGGUCACUUCUGCUAAGCUGAAAUAGAAGCCUGAGUAAACCGCUUUGAGAAGGAG